GUGGUUGACAAUGGAAAUUAAAAUUUCUGGCUUAUUACGGCAAUAUGCUGUUGUUUUUAUUGCGAAUCUAAACAUAAUAACUACCGGGAUGAGUGUAGCGUGGUCUUCGCCGAAUCUGGUGAAGCUAAUGGAUCCACAGGAGAAUCCACUGUCCAGAAUGAUGACUGAUGAUGAGGCCUCAUGGAUGGUGUCCACUGGAUUCUUGCUUACCCCUGUUACUAAUAUUCUAGGAGGCAUCCUAGUAGAUACAAUCGGUAGAAAGUACAGUUUCUUAUUCAGUUGUAUUGUAAAAUUUGCUAUGGGAGUGCUUAUAGUCUGUGCCACUGAAGUUUGGAUGCUUAUAUUUGCAAGAACGGUGAUGCUGACCACUGACUGCUUCAGCUACAUAAUAGUUCCAGUGUAUGCUUCAGAAAUUUCUUCGAAAGAACAACACGAUGCGUUGGGGAGUUUUCUUCAAAUCUUCUCAACAUUUGGCGCUGUUUUAACAUUAUCUGUCGGACCUUACACCUCAUACAAGACGUUCAAUAUAAUUUUGACGUGUAUCAUUGGAGUAACGACUGUGCCUGUUUUAUUCUUACCUAAGAGCCCUUUUUACUCAUACUCAAAAGGUCGAAUCGAAGAAGCCAAAGCAGUUUUGAUUUCACUCCGAGGAUCUGAAGUGGUAGCGGUUCAAGAAAUAGAGGAAUAUAAAUUAGCAAACAUUAAAACAGAGAAGAAAGAUAGAAUAAAGCUGCUAACAGAGAAGGAGUUUCUGAAGAAUCUAGCAGUAGCUCUUAUGAUAACUAUUGGUUCUCAAGUCAUAGGGACAAAUGCUAUACUAUUCUAUCUGCAGACUAUAUUUAUAUCAACCAAUACGAAUGUAGAACCUGAAUUAGGUUCAGUGUUAGUGGGAAUCAUCCAGGUCGUAGCUGCUUGCUGUACGUCAGCGUGUGUGAUUAGGUUUGGUCGAAGAAGAGUACUGUUUUGGACUUUGGGUGGAUAUUUCUUGGGAAUGAGCGCCUUGGGAGUAUUUUUCAAAGUUAUUGAUGGAGGAUACGAAAUCGUUGGAUUUCUGAAUUUUCUACCUCUGAUCUCACUAAUUGUAAGCGUUUUUUGUGUUAGUGCUGGCAUUAGCACAUUGCUAUGGCCAAUAAUAGCGGAAGCCUUCGACGGAUCAUCUCGAGCUUACGGAGUAUCUAUAGCGUUGCUGUCAUGCAAUGUUCUCAUAUUCCUCAUCACAAAAUACUUCCCGCUAGCAACGAAGACGAUUGGGCCAGCCAUCACUUACUUCGUGUUUGCUGGAAUGACAGUCCUAUUUGGUAUACUGAUAGCGAUGUUUUUGCCCAAGGAGAAGAAAGAUGAUGUAUAUAUCCUAAUCCUAAAGAGGAUGAGAUUACAUCCCAGUGCAAAGAGUUUGUUCAAGAAAAUGGUGUUCAAAAUCCCAGCAGCCCUGUUCCGACAAUAUGCCGCCGUUUUUGUUGUAAACUUAAGCAUCUUCACUACUGGCAUGAGCAUGGCUUGGCCUUCCCCAGUGCUGGUCAAACUGAGGAGUCCAGAGGAGACUCCUCUGUCAAGACCUAUGACUGCUGAAGAAGGGUCUUGGAUGGUGUCCUUGGGUUUCCUGGGAGGUGUGAUAGCGGAUGUAGUCGGUGCGGUAUUACUAGAUGUUUACGGAAGAAAGAAGUGUUUAAUAUUCUCAUCCAUACCUAAAGUAGCCAUGGGAAUACUGUGCAUCUUCGCCACAGAAGCCUGGAUGCUCAUAUUGGCAAGAGCUAUAUUCGUAACAGCAGACUGCUUCAUAUAUCUCAUCGUGCCAAUUUAUUCUUCUGAAAUAGCUGAUAAAAAUCAGCGUGGAGCAUUAGGAAGUUUUCUACAAGUAUUUUCCACUUUGGGGAGUGUAGUUACACUCUCGGCUGGCCCUUUCCUCUCCUACAAAACAUUCAAUAUUAUAUUUACGUCUCUUACAGUAAUUACAGCUCUGCCAGUAAUGUGGUUGCCUGACAGUCCUUUCUUUUCGUAUAAAAAAGGACAUAUAGAUCAAUCAACUAAUGCACUAAAGCAACUACGUACAUCUGAUGAAAUAGUAACUCGAGAAAUCGAUGAUUAUAAAAUUUCAUUACUAAAACUAGAAGAAACGGUUGAUAAAAUCAAACUGUUCAAAAACACAGUGUUCCUGAAAUCUUUUGCUUUAGGAGUGUUAUUGAGUAUUGGAGCACAAGCAGUCGGUUUUAAUGCUGUAUUAUUUUAUCUACAAACUAUAUUGGAAUCAACACAAACUUACAUAAAGCCAGAAGUAUCUUCUGUUGUCAUAGGAGUAUUACAGUUCUUUGCAGCAUUUUGUACAAUAUUGGUAUCAAAGAGAUUUGGUAGAAGAACCAUUCUGCUAACAUUUCUAGUCGUGUAUUUCAUUGGCAUGGUGGGCCUGGGCACCUUCUUUAAGCUGCGUGAAUCAAACUACGCUAUCACGGGGUUUUUGAACUAUCUUCCGCUCAUAUCUAUAAUUUUAGUGGUUUUAUCUUACAGUCUUGGUAUUGGUUCGCUGAUCUGGUUGAUAACACCCGAACUGUUCGACAGUCAUUCCCGGGCUAUCGGUGUAUCUAUAUCCAUGACAACAACAACUUUUCUAAUAUUCGUGACGACGAAAUAUUUUCAAACCAUGACGAUAUCUUUAGGUCCUUCGGGUACAUACUGGUGUUUUGCAUUCCUGUGUGCUGUGCUUACUAUACUUCUAGCAGUAUUCUUACCAGAAACUAAGGAUAAGAGUUUUAAUGAGAUCCAGAGUGCUUUAGGUGAAAAAGGAAAAGAAAUUGUGAAUUGAAAGGAAUUUAUUGAAUUCAUAUUAUAAAGUAAUAAAUUGUUAAAAAGAGUUAAUGAGGAAGUCUUAUUUAUUCUUGUA